CGAGCCGUAGCCACAAGGAGCGAAGGGGUCGCGGGUCAUGUCAGCAUCUGUGAGAAAUCCUGUGCUGUGGGUCCGCUGUAUCGUUGGUGUACCAUCUGUCAGCAUGUCUCCGGCUCGGUGUCGAUACUGCGGCUGUGCGAUCGGACGAGCGGGUACGCCGUAAGACUGGCGGGCCGUGGCAUGUUCGGCGGGACGUGCGAGCCCACGCUAGAGCAGCGCCGGGCAUGUCAGACGGUGGGUCGACGAGGCCCGUCCCCUGGAGGCACUGCCAGCACUGCCCCAAGCCACGCACCUUCAAGACUGCGGACGAGUUUCGGACUCACCUGCGUGAGCGCCACUGCAGCAAGGAAGGCGGUUCGUUCGUGUGCCGCUACGGCGAACAUGACGUGUGCGCGUCGCUGCCCCUCGAGGGCGUCAGCGACGAGGACUACGAGGCGCACGUCGCCAAGCAUCACCUGCUCCGCGAGUACUGGCCGGACGCGGUGGCCGAGGCCCGCUGGACAGUGCACCGUUCGGCUCAGAACUUGCCGGCGGUGCUGAACGACCCGCGCCGCAGCCGCCGCGAAGUGGACUUUUUCACGCGCACCUGGGGCGACCACUUCACCGAGGCGCCGCCGGCCGGCGGCGAAGGACCCGGAGCGCGGAUCACGCGACAGCUGUUCGAGGCGUACUUGUCGCGAUGCGCUCGAUCGCGCCGGCCGUGCUCGUCUUCUUCGUCGGCGGUGGCGGCAGCAUCCGAAACCGCACCCGCCGGAAGCGAGCUCUGUCUACCCGCCGUAUUCCUCGGUCCCGAGUUGCGUCUCGAAGAACCUGCAACGUUCGCGCAGGCCAUACCGUGGGCUGCCGGGCCUUCUCGGCUUCUGCAGGAACGGCUUACCCACUACCUGGACCUCGUAGAGGUACAGCUAGCGCGUCAGGUGUCCCUACGUUCGGACGCGUUCUUCCAGGCUGUGCGAUCUCACGACGUGCUAGCCGAGCGGUUGUCGGCCUGUGCGACUGUCACUGCGGGUCUACGCUCCCAACUGGCUCGUGCUAGGGAUCAAUUGGCCGGCGGUGGCUUGAGAUUGCUUCUUCUGUGGCGGCGGCGGGCGAGGCAGCGUUCUCUGUGUGCCAAGUUACAGCUGCUGGCCACUCUGCACCAGGCGCAGCCCACGAUCCAGAGGUUGCUAGCCAGUGGGGACUUCGCGCGCGCCCUGGACUUCAUCGAGGCCAGCCGGGAGAUCGUGGCGCUCGAACUGGCGGGCGUCCAAAGCCUCCGACACCUGGGCUCGCAGUUGCAGGAACUCGAGCGACACAUUGAACGCAGGAUGGCGGCCGAUCUGGCCCGGGGCCUCAGCGCCGAGCUGAACAGACCGCCCGACGACUUGGACCCCGUCGGACUGCAGGAAGAGGAAUCCCUGACGGCUCUGGUGGCAGGAAUCCUGCGGCUGAACCGGCCGGAGAGCGCAGACUUCGCAUUGCUGCUUCGCGAGGAGGCAUGCACGGCCCUGCAAGCGGCCGUCAAGGCGGCUUUAGCCGAAGGCAUGUCGCAGGGAGACGUGUGGACUGCGCUGCUUGAACGUGCCUUGGACGCCGCCGAGCGCGUGCUGCGACGCACCUGCAACCUGGCGCGGCUGCAGCGCUACGCCCUAGCCGCGCAAGCGGCAGACGGUGCAGCCCUCGAAGCCGACGAAGAAGUCCGACUCGAGCAGGCCAGACGAGGAGCCCUGGCUGCUGUCGCCGAGGUCGCUCAGGAACGCUGUGCGCGGCUUGUCCCGUCCGACGCGCACCGGUCGCCACUCAAUGCGGGUGCCUUCCCAGUGCUGUGCCGCCGUGCCGAGCAAUGCGCUGAAGACUGGGCGCAGCUGUGCGAACACCGCAGCCAGGGCAGUUUGGUGCUGGCGCUGCGCACUCAGGCGGAUCGGUUUGUGAGCCGCUUCCACGAAGAGCACAAAGCCAAGCUCAGCCUGCUGCUCGACGGUGAGGUGUGGGCGCGUGUGGACGUGCCGGCCGAGUUGCAGAGCAUGGUGGACCAGUUCCUGGACGUCUCGAACGGCGGCAUGCAGGGGGGCGGCACUAAAGGUACCGGCACGCAGCGGGGCAGUGCCGCACCCCACUUGGCACUGGACGGGCAGCGCUACAGCAUCGCUGGCAGCACGCUGCUCGUGCUUCGCAUGGUGCUCGAGUACUGCCAGUGCGCCCGAGACCUGCCCUGGGUGGGCUUGAGCCUGGCCGCCAAACUGCAGGAGCUGCUGCGGCUCUUCAACUCACGCACCUCCCAACUGGUGCUGGGAGCCGGGGCGCUGCAGCGCGUCGGCCUCAAGACCAUCACGGCCAGCAUGCUGGCAUUGGCAGCUCGAUGCCUGCAGCUGAUCAUGGCCUUUUUGCCCCGAGUCAAGGCACACUUUGAGCAGCACCUGGUCGCUCGCAAGGACACUGCCAGGCAUUUUGAUGCCAUCGCCAAGGAGUACGCAGAACACGUGACAGAAAUUUUCGCCAAGCUGGCCAGCAUCGUGAGCAACGUGCUGGAUGGGCAGCUUGCCGAGUGGGAGGUAAAGGCGCCAGUGCCGUCGCCGGCUUUCCGGGGCAUCGUCCGGCACCUGACCAAGUUCCACACUGCCGUAGCCGAGCUGCUGAGCCCGGAGGACGUGGGCGCACUCUUGCAAGCCGUGCACUCCAUGUUCCGGUCCCUACUCGCACGUCACCUGGCACGCCUGUCCAUAAGUCGCGACGGAGGACCUCAACAUGGGUUGGUAACCCAAGAGCUGAUAUUCUACGUCGAGCACCUGCGCAGCCUUGGUUGCCCAGUGACAGACACCAGCAGCCUGUGGCAGCAACAGGACGAGUUUAUUGAGCCAGCUGCUGCUGCGCAAGGGGCUGUGUGAGCCAGUAGGCUAGCGCCGGCUGGAGUGCGCACACAGCCAGGAGUAGGUACAGGCCCCGACGGGAGCCCUCGGACGAGCUCCCGGACAGCAGGGAGAGCCGCAGGGUGCGAAGC